CACAAACCACCCUUGUCAUGCUUAUUAGCGCCUAUUGUAUAGGUCUGCGGCAUAUUUCAUGCCCUUCGAUCAAUCGAAAGAUUUAUUUGUGAAGAAGGAGGGUACCUCCCGUUUUGUAACGAACUAGUCUUCUGCUUGACUUGUUGGUAACACAGGCAGAAUAGAGGAAUGGCGUUGCUGGAAAUUGCAGGAGGGAUCUUUUGCUUUCUUGGUUUUCUUGUUUGCGUUUUUUGGCUUUUGAUAGCACCACCGCACCCAAAGAAGAAGAGGGCUGUCGACCCGAAGCUUGACUUGAUCAGAAAUCGCUUCACUACUUCGAAGAUCCCAAGCAAUGUCGAUGUUAUUGUCGUCGGAUCAGGGAUUGGUGGUAUGUCUGCUGCCUCUGUUCUUAGCAAGCAUGGGAAAAAAGUUCUGGUGCUAGAAAGGCAUGACAAACUUGGUGGCUGCACACAUACAUUCAGUUGGUCAAGCAGUAACCUUGACGGAAGUGGGUUUAGCACUUGCGAGUUUGACACAGGAUGUCAUUACUGUGCAGUUGAUAUGUCCUUUGAUACUGCACGCUCUGGAGCAAUUAUGAAGUAUGUGACAGAUGGUGAAGUGAAAUGGAAUGACCUUGGUGAUCCCUAUGACUGCCUUGUACUUCCACAUGACCCAAGAGUCGACAAAGGUUGCCCUAAUAAUGACAGCUAUGAUUUUCUUCAGGGGGCUGAGAGGCUGAUUGAAGAGAUCUCCCAGAGGAUUAACCCUGAUGAGCCAAAGUUGAAGCCAAGGUUGAAGAGAUUUCUAGAAUUUUGCCGUGUAGCACACAAUACAAUUAUACCUCUGUAUCUAGUACGCUUGUUUCCCAGAUGGCUGGAAGGGCUGCUGGAGCCACUGUACAAUUCUUUUUUCAAGUAUGGCAAAAUAACAACAGGCUACACUCUUGAUGGCAUGCUGUCACAUGGGUUCACUGAAGAUGAAAUUUUGCAGCACAAGGCUCUUCCCAAAGAAGAGGAAAAAGGGCUUGAAAAUACCUGGAGACGUUUAAAAGGGGUAAUGGUUCAUCCUUUGGGAGAUUAUGCCUGUCAACCAAGAGAUUCAUCAGUAGUUGCACAUUCCCUCACAGCUUGGUAUUAUAUGAAUGGUGCUUCAUAUACAAAUGGAGCAACUCAGUCCAUUUCUGAAAGCGCAGCCAAGGUUGUUUAUGAAUAUGGUGGCGAGUGUCUAGUGAAUGCCCACAUUGACGAAAUUUUGAUCGAAAAUGGACGUGCCGUUGGUGUCCGGGUCUGCAAGGCCACGUCAAUAGAACCGGGUUCGGAAAAGAAACCAAACAUGAUAGAAAUCCGGGCUCCAAUUGUCAUUAAUGCGACUGGCAUUCAUAACUUGUACAACAAGCUACUUCCGCAAAAUUUACCUCUAGUUAAAGAAUUCAAGGAAACAAACAAGAUGAUACCAUCAUAUGGUCAUAUGUACCUUUUUGUUGCUAUUAAAGGUGACGCGGACGAGGUUGGAAUCCCGAAGACAAACACUUGGUAUUUCAAUGGCUAUGACACCGAUGAAUGUUUUGAUAAGUAUUUUGAUAACCCCACAGAUCACAAACCGCCCACCGUGUAUCUUGGGUUUCCUUGUACCAAGGACCCGACUUGGAAGGACCGCCAUCCCGGAAUUUCUAAUUGCAUCCUCAUAUCUGAUGGAAAGUACGAGUGGUUCGAGAAGUGGGAGGAUCUUAGAACGCACAAAAGAGGGGAUGAAUACGACCAGCUAAAGGAAAAGUUCGCUGCCAAGUUACUCGACGUUCUCUAUUCCAAGGUACCACAAGUGAAGGGCAAGGUCCUGUGGUACGAGCUGGGAACACCGAUAUCAGACGCAACAUUCUUGCACUCUUACAGAGGGGGUUCUUAUGGUACUCGCUGCAAUCUUGAUUACUUUAGCAAGACCUCAAUGCGCUGGAUAAUGAGAGGUGACACUGAGAUUGAUGGGUUGUACAUGGCUGGCCAGGAUGCUUGGACCCCAGCAGUUGCAGGUGCUAUGUAUGGAGGUCUUCUUGGCUCUUUGAAGGUGAUGGGAUUCUUCCAAAGUCUGGGUCUUUUGCUACACAUAAUUUCGAUACAGGCCAAUGCAAUUCAACGCAAAACUUCGUGGUCCUACCCGAAGAGUUUCGUGAGAGCUGUCCAGACAUUCCUUGGAAAGCGUUUCAUCAGAUGAGCCACCCGCGAAUAAAUUUAGUUAUCUUCAAAUUGACUACUUCUUAGGUACAUUUAAUGCAUUAUGGGUUAUUAAAAACGGGUCGCUUCUGUCGCAGCUGAUGUAUUGCGUAAGGAUUUCUUUAGGGUUUUAGGGUUUAUAGCAAUCUGAUUAUCUUUUAGGGUUUUGUAGACGUAUAGAUCUGCUUUUUGCUGGUGCUUUCUAACAGGAUUUUUUCUUGCACUCCAUCCUAUACUAAGCACACAUUAUUAAAGGGCAUAAAGGAAUUUAGCCUGUUUUUGGUAAAAUUUAUUCAGACAGCUUCAGUAUGAUUUGAAUGGUUAAGAGAACAAGGCAGAACAACCCCAAUGGUUUACGCAAAUUUGAUCAUAGCGGCUGAUAAUUUCUCGAUUUAAAUACAACCACCCUUAAACUGAAAUGCCGAUGCUACGAUUUCCAUUGUCAAAAACUAUCAAUCAAAUCGUUUGGUCUCAUAGAUGACGCCUUGCAAAUUCUAGUAGGAUUACCACUUUUAUGUGAGCAUUUUAAAGAAACUUUUCAGUGUCAAAAGGUAAUAGAUAUUAAUAUAGAGAAGACCUCGUAUUUUGAAUAUCAUCGAAAGAAAGACACUACCUACUAUCACCUUAUUAUCACCUGGUAUAGUAAUCUGUUCUUCCAUUUUUCCAGAUACUAGAUUAUUGACUAAUAGCAAAUCGAAUAUUCCUUAAAAGAGUAGUGGUGAUUUAUUUAGUUGCUCAAUUAAAUAUCCACAAUUUGUCCUUAGUAAUGAUAAUGUUCCUCUUACACGCAUUUCUGUCAUAGACUGUCGUCAUAAUCUGUUUUGGUGUUAUCAUUUCGUGGUAAUAUAAACUGCUUUUGUUUGUUUUGUUUUGUAAGCCAAUCUCUAAGCUGCAAUUCGUGCGUAUUUGAUCAAUGCAAUAAGCUAGCUGUUGAUAUUUGCUGAUAUUAAAAGUUAUUUGUCUGUGAUAUUGCAGUUAAUAUAUGCAUCACAAAUCUUU